CCGGGAGCGGCGGCGGGAGGUGAAGUCCGGGCGGGCCGCGCGAUUCCGCUCCCGGAAAAACUACAGUACCCGGCGGGCCGCGGGAGAGGCGGUGCAGGGCAGUCCCCGCCCAGCGUCUGCGGAAACCGGAGCUGCGGCGGCCGGGGAAGCGCGGGGCGGGCAGCGCCGUAGAAGGCCUCGGUUCGCUUCGCUUCGCUCGGGAAUCGAGCAGCGAGGGGCCGUUCGGGCCUCUUCCCGCUUCGCUUUACCUCUCGCCGGGCAAGGGCGGGGGUUUGAGAUAGAGCCGGCGCGGGCCUGGGCCUGCAAGGCUGCACGCCCUGCCUAGAGCGAGCCUGGAGCGGGGGAGAAAGGCGAUCCCGCCCCGCGGGCCGAGAAAAUGCCCGCAGGCGGCCGCCGGCGGGGGCAGGGCCGCCCUCCGGGCGUGCGGGGUGCACAACGUGUGCCGCCUCCUCAGCCGCAGGGCCCACGGCUUCUACGCCAGAGAUGCUGGUGUGGCCCACAGGAAGAACCUGGGACUCCUGAGGAGGAUCAUGUGUCAGGAAAGUACUAAAUUCAAGAAUGUUUGGACAACUCAUUCUGCAUCUCCUAUUGCAUAUGAAAGAGGAAGAAUUUACAUGGACAAUUACCAAUGCUGUAUUACCAGCAUUGCACAGCAGCCAAGACUAAUUUAUCAAAAGGCAAAGUGUACCGCCAAGUCUGAAAAAAUAGAAGAUGCUUUAUUAUUGGAAUGCCCAUUGGGGGAAAUGCUACCAAGUCCAUCAGAUUAUAAACCUUCCCUGAUAGUCCUGACAGCACAGAACUGGCUUCUACGUCUCUCUGCUGAUAGUGGAGAAGUACUGGAAAAAGUGUAUCUUGCUGGUUCCUGUUGCAAAUUCUUCAGGUAUCUGAGCUGGGAUACUCCUCAAGAGGUAAUGAUUGUAAAGUCAGCUCAGAAUAAGCUCCCUGCAGCAGCACGGCAGGCAGGAAUCCAACAGAAUGUAUUGUUUUAUCUUGCUGUAUUCCAAGUUUUGCCUCUUUCAUUCAUUGGAAUGCUGGAAAUAAACAAAAAGAUUUUUGGUAAUAGUGUGACAGAUGUUGCUGUUUCUAAUGGAAUCCUGAUUGUAAUGUAUAGCAUGGGUCUGGUCAGACUCUAUAACUUCAAGGCCAUUUUGGAACAGUUCAUGGAACAACCAUUUGAGUUGGGACAAGAAUUCAACUGGAAUGGUCAGGUGGGAUCUGUAGGAAGGUUUCCAUAUGGUCUUCCAUGUAACAUUAAAAUAACAGAUACCCCACCUUUGCUAUUUGAAGCAUCUUCUCUGGAGAAUGCAUUUCAAAUUGGAGGUUACCCUUGGCAUUAUAUCAUCACACCAAACAAGAAAAAACAUAAAGGAGUCUUCCAUAUUUGUUCUCUGAAAGACAAUGCUUUGGCAAAAAAUGGCGUACAGGAUAUGAAAUGCUGUUCACUUGAACCUGACUGGAUAUACUUCCAUCCAGAUAUGUCAGGUAGAAUAAUCCACGUGGGACCAAAUUUGAUAAAAGUCUUAAAGCUUAAGGAAGUUAAGAAUCAUGCAGAUCAGAUGGAGAUUGCAGAAGAUUUUACGAUUGUAGCCAACAGAGAAAACUGUGUGAACAACAAUGUUACUGUAACAGCUUCUGGUCGAGUGGUGAAGAAGCGGUUCACCUUGCUGGAUGAUGACCCGGAACAAGAGACAUUCAAAAUUGUGGACUAUGAAGAUGAACUGGAUUUACUAUCCACUGUGGCAGUUACUCAGAUAGGAGCUGAUGGAAGAGCUCACCUUGACUUUCAUUGCAAUGAACAUGGGAUUCUACUUAAGAGUAUUCCAUUAAAGGAGUCCUGGGAUGUGACUUACAGUCAUGAAGUUUACUUUGACAAAGACCUCGUACUGCAUAUAGAACAGAAGCCUAAUAGAAGAUUCAGUUGUUAUGUUUACCAAAUGGUAUGUGAUACUGCAAGAGAUGAUGAUCCUUAAUACUUUACAAAAAAGCAGGAAGUGUUUAGUAAAAAAAAGAGGGAGAACUUUUGUAUAUAUUUAAGCCAUAAACACCAGCUACAGAGAAUUUUGGAUAGUAUUUAAGGAUACUGCAAGAGAUCGUGAUUCUUAAUGCUAUAAAAUAAAUCAGAAAGUGUUUUUGUAAAAAAAGGAGGGAGAACUUUUGUAUAUAUUUAAGCCAUAAACACCAGCUACAGAGGGUUUUGGAUGCUAUUUAAGGAUUCCGUACAUAGUAGUCAACUACUGGUUUUCUGGCUGAAUUUAAUCUUAACAUUUUGUACGACUAGAUAAAGUCUUGUUUCUUUUUUUCUUUGUGACACUGUA